CCGUCGUCUUCUUGACUUAUCGCAUCCCCUGCGUCUCGUCCGUCUAGUUGACCAUAUCGCGCGCUUAAUCCUCAACCUUCUCUCAACCUCAGCCCCAACCACCCACAUCAACAAUCAUGUCGGCCAAAUUCCAAGACGUGGCCACCACCACUUUCCAGGACGUGUCCGCCAAGUUCCAAGAUGAGGCCGUCACCUCGAUACGGGAAGAUACAAAGGAAUUGGUGCACAAGGUCGGAAAUCGGUUGACUGGCGAUGGCUAUCUCGCUCUCUACCUCCGCCAACUGCAGUCGAACCCCCUGCGCACCAAGAUGUUGACAUCCGGUGUCCUGUCCAGUCUGCAAGAAAUCCUGGCCUCUUGGAUCGCGCAUGAUGUCAGCAAGCAUGGCCACUACUUCAGCGCCCGCGUUCCCAAGAUGGCCCUCUAUGGAAUGUUCAUCAGCGCCCCGCUCGGCCAUUUCCUCAUCGGCAUCCUCCAGCGGGUCUUUGCUGGACGGACUAGCGUCAAGGCUAAGAUUCUGCAGAUCCUCGCCAGCAAUCUGCUUGUCUCCCCCAUCCAGAAUGCCGUGUACCUGAGCUGCAUGGCGGUGAUCGCGGGCGCGCGCACCUUCCACCAGGUCCGCGCAACCGUGCGGGCCGGUUUCAUGCCCGUCAUGAAGGUCAGCUGGGUCACCUCGCCCAUCGCGCUGGCCUUUGCCCAGAAGUUCCUUCCCGAGCACACCUGGGUGCCCUUCUUCAACAUUGUCGGGUUCGUCAUUGGAACCUACGUGAACACGCACACCAAGAAGAAGCGUCUUGAGGCCCUCCGCAAGCGCUAUGACCAACGUCGCGGUCCCGGUAGCGAGUACGACAAGGGCGACUACCGGUAGACAAUGUAAAUAUUCUGUACCUACCUUACGACUACCGACCGGUCGUGUGGAUUGCCUCUAGGGAUCGAUUUGGGCCGGAACUCCCGGUCGGAUAUGGACCCCUCCGAAGCCGGAAGGGCCUGCCGGGAGAGCGGCC